AUGUUGGAUAAAGGAGAUGGAAGUAUACAUUAUAGAGAACAAAAUAGUUUGGAUGAUGGAUUGUGUGAUUUAGCAGAGGAUGAUUUGGCGGAGAUUGUGUUAUUGCAGGAGGUGCAAGAGCCAAGGUUAGAGAAUAAGAAAAUUAGAGUUGCUGGAAUUGUGAAAUUCGUUGACUUGGUUGAACAAGAAAUUACAUUAUUUCACGAAUUCAGAAGUUUAAGAGUGAGUUUGAGGAAGUUAAAAAAAUCGACUAUUCAAGGUUUAGAAAGAGGAAACAAGGUCGAGGUUAUAGGAUAUUUAAUGAAUCAAGAAAAUUUCAAUACACAUCAGGUAGAAGGAAGCAGCAAAAAUGAAAGAAAUUUGAUAUUAAUAGCUCAAGUAUUAAAAAAUAUUGAAGAAACUAAUUUACAUUUUCAUCAAUUAAGUAUAAUUUUACGUAGAAAAAUACUAAAUUCUGCAAAUAUUAUAUGUUAA